UUCUUUCCCAUGGUAGCUCUAGAGCUCCACAAGUUUACACCACGAAAACUAUUUUCUUUUAAGCUUUUUUAAACCAAAUGUACCACUGUGCCCUGUAUUAAUAUAUCAUAAAUGAAAAUGACAACAGAAAACAAUGCCAAUAUAGCUCAAACUGUUUAAAAAUACUGAGAAACUAAUAAAAUACGCCAUUUUUUUGACAAAUAAUUCAUUGCUUAUUUGAACAGCCCAGAAAACAUUUUUUUUUGCCUAAACUGUUUCCAACAAAAAUACCUACAUCAUUAUACAAGCUUAUAUAUUGCACACCAUUAGUAAAACUUAAUAUAUAUUUCCUAUUUUUGUCAAAAACUUUAAAUUAAUAAUGGUGCACCACAGCUCCACUGGGAAAAUGAAAGCAAAAAAUUUGGAAUGUCACUUUGUCACUGUUGUCAUUCUGCUUGCCAGUUUACUUGUGUUUACAUUCUAAUUUUUAUUUCUUUGAAGGAAAAUCACUAUUAUUAUGUAAAAUGAGUGAAAGUGAAGAUGAUUUUCUCGGUUUUUCCGAAGAUGAAUCCGAGUGCCUCAUUCAGUCGCUGGAAAUUACAAAAAUCGAUGAGAUUUCCGACUUUUCCAGGCGGAUUCCGUGCUACUACGAGAUUGAACAUGAAAGCGAUGAAAAAAAUAUGUAUGCGAUUCAAGUGGAAGGAGAUGAAUCCGAAGUGGAUUUCCUCAGUGAAUCGGAAGAUGACGAACGCGAAUGUUUUGUUCCGAAACCAGUUGAUCCUACUCGUUUUUGCAACAUAUCGAAUGAUGAACCGGACGGAAUCAAUCAGUCCGCAACAAUAUCGACAUCUCUCGCCAAGUCUAAAACAAAACGUUCAAAUAAAUCGAGUGCCAAAAUAUCAAAAAGGACAAGGGUAACAACAAGGAAAACAGCAUCAAAGAAAAAAGGCAGAUUCAUCAAAUGGCAUCGGCUCAACAAUGACGAACGGGAGGCCCCAUUUUGCCCUAUGACCUUGCCUGUUCCUCCGGCGAAAGCUGUUACUCCAUAUCAAUAUUUUAAAAGAUUUUUCACUGACGCGAUUAUCCAAAACAUUACCGAACAAACCAAUUUGUACUCAGAACAGAAGCUUGGUGACGGAAACUCUAUCGAUGUUACUAAGCAUGAAAUUGAACAGUUCUUGGGUAUCUUAGUGUUGAUGGGUAUUCACAAAGUCCCUAGUUACAGGAUGAACUGGGCAACUGCAACUAGAUAUGCGCCGAUUGCAGAUGUGAUGACCCGGAAUCGAUUUGAGCAAAUAAAAAAUAUGCUGCAUUUCAAUGACAAUACGCAAUUGAAAAAACGUAAUGAACCUGGAUAUGACAAAUUAUUCAAAGUGCGUCCUUUCAUUGACGCGAUACGACUCAACUUCCUCGACGUGGAUCCUCUUCCGGACCAGUCAAUCGACGAAAUAAUGAUUCCUUCGAAAUCACAUUCUCCACUACGUCAGUACAACAAAAACAAACCGCAUCGUUUCGGAAUCAAUGUGAAAGGCCGUGCUGGAAAAGAUGGCAUACUACAUGAUUUUGAUAUAUAUACAGGAAAGUCAGACAAGCAGCCUAAUGGAGAUUGGGGAAUCAGUGGCGAUGUGGUUCUAAAUCUCGUUAAAACCCUUCCUGAAAAUCAACAAAUAAGGAUUUUUGCAGACAAUUGGUUUUCAUCGUACAGCUUGGCACAUGAACUGAAUCGACGUGGGUUCCAGUAUACUGGGACCAUUCGUGUAGGGAGGAUCCCGAAUGCAGAUUUCAUACCGGACAAAGAGUUGAUGGCUAAAGGCCGUGGUUCUCAUGAUGCCUACAUUUCUAAUGAUAACAUAAUCAUCUAA